UCUACACUAACUGAACAGCACAACCUUCAAAAACCUCGGAGACCCUUUUCCUUCUAACUGACAUGCGUUUAUCUCGAAACAGAGACAACGAGCGGAAACGAACAGAGGCCUCACGACAUGUGCAUAAUUUAAAUUAUGCCAUCAAGAUAUAUUUUCAUGUUUCUUGUCCCCUUGACAAGCACGUGCAAACAAUGGACAGGUUGGGAUAUCCACUUGUUAAAGCUACAUCACCACCAGUCAAGACGGGGAGAGGUGGGGAAAGACAUGUCUGGAUGCCCGGUCAUGGCCUCUGCUCGCUUCCAACAACUGUGGAAUGGAAUGCCAGGAACUCGGGACACUUGCCCGCCUCGUGCCCGCCAACCGAGAAGACUGAGGUGCUGUCAGGACCCGCGUCGUCCACUUGUCAAGCGCUGAUCCUUCCGAAUCAGACAAGUGUCCCGCGGCCGUACAACGCCGACAACUUUAAUCUACCAUCC